ACAAUGACGGAGGUGCAGAGGGUUACGGCGCCCGCCCAGCAGAUGGCAGAUCACGAUGCGCUACAGCCCACAUACGAGUUCAACUUCAGCAACUUCCUCCGCCGGGAAUACCGCUUCGGCCUCGACCCGGAUCGCCCGCCAUGCAAAGCCUACAUGCAGGGCCACUGCCCGCUGGGCAACCGUUGUCCAGACAAGCACCAGGGCUCGUCGUCUUACAGCAGUCUUGUAUGCAAACAUUGGCUGCGAGGCCUUUGCAAGAAGGGAGAGGCAUGCGAAUUCCUUCACGAGUACAACUUGCGCCGCAUGCCCGAAUGCGCCUACUACGCCCGCACUUUAACAUGCUCUAACGGAGAUGAUUGCCUAUACCUUCACAUCGACCCAGAGUUCAAGCGACCUCCCUGUCCGCAUUACGAUCGCGGUUUCUGCCCCCUCGGCCCCCACUGCGCACUGAAGCAUAACAAGAAGGACAAGCUAUGCCCGUUCUACCUCGCUGGUUUCUGCCCGGAGGGCAAAGGCUGCAAAUACGGAGCCCACCCGCGUUUCCCAACCGAUCUCAAGAAGCCUGAAGUCCGUGUGGAGAAAUCACCUGAAGAACUGGAGCGCGAACGCUUGGAGAGGGAGGCUGAGCGGGAGCGGGAAGAAAGGGAAGAGCGCGAGCGCGACGAACGGAAUGGCCAUCACAGUGGACACAAAUUCCGCGGCAACUGGCAAGAUCGCAAGAGAGGAGGAAGAGGAGGAAGAGGCCGCAAGCAGAGGGGAGGAUACUGA